UAGAAAUCGAGGGUUGUGGCAAAGGGGGUAAGUGACCACAUAAACUGAUAAUGGACGUAUUUUCAACUGUGUCAAAAUCCAAAGUUGGUGUGAUCCAGAGGUCGAUAUAAAAGGAACUCCUUAAUAUGAGUGAUGAUAAGCCCUUCCAGUGCACUGCUCCUGGGUGUGGACAGAGAUUCACUAAUGAAGACCAUUUGGCUGUCCACAAACACAAACAUGAGAUGACACUGAAGUUUGGCCCAGCAAGAAAUGAUAAUCUUAUCAUUGCAGAUCAAACUCCUACACCCACCCGCUUUUUGAAGAACUGCGAGGAAGUCGGGCUCUUUAACGAACUCGCAAGUCCUUUUGAUCAUGACUUUAAAAAAGCAACUGAAGAUGACAUCAAAAAGUUACCACUUGAUUUGUCACCUCUUGCUACUCCCAUUAUACGGAACAAAAUUGAGGAACCUCCAGUUAUAGAUGCACAUAGAGACAGCCCCCUGCCUCAUCCUGAAUCCACUACAAGUGAUGAUAAGGACUUAACUUUGCAGCCAGCCUCACUGCCAACAUCCACUAUAGUCCAUCCUGCAUCCCUUCAAGUUCCCAAUGUACUCCUAGCAACCACAGAGGCUAGUGUUGUAAUACAGCCAGCUCUCCCAUCGCCAACAUCUAGCUCUGUUAUUACCCAAGUCCCCUCCACUAAUAGGCCUCUAGUCCCAGUGACUGGCACCUUCCCUGUGCUCCUACAGUUGCCUAAUGGUCAGACCAUGCCUGUUGCAAUACCUGCAUCUAUUACAAGCUCAAGUGUACAUAUUCCAACUACUAUUCCCCUUGUCAGACCUGUCACCGUAGUGCCUGCCGUCCCUGGAAUCCCUGGACCCGCCUCGCCACAACCUCAGCCCGUCCAAUCAGAAGCAAAGCUGACGCUGAAAGCAACAUUAAGUCAGCAGCUUCCUCAGGUAACCAAUGGAGACGGCGGCGAGGUCCAGAGCAGUGCUGUAACCCACACUGUUAAUCCCGCUUCCCCGGCUCCAACCCCAACCCCAGCACCGGCUGCAAUCUUAUCCCCAGCUCCUCAACUGCCUACAAGCGAGGAAGCCUCCACACAUUCCCUCCAGCAGCCGGCCACCUCCACCACGGAGACACCAGCUUCUCCUGCUCCCCCUCCGCCAAACCCUCCAACCACAGGGGGUAGACGGCGCAGAACCACAAGCGAAGACCCUGACGAGAAGAGGCGCAAGUUCCUGGAACGUAACAGGGCUGCAGCUUCUCGCUGUCGGCAAAAGAGGAAAGUGUGGGUCCAGUCUCUGGAAAAGAAGGCCGAGGACCUCGGCUCCAUGAACACACAACUACAGAAUGAAGUCACCCUGCUGAGAAACGAAGUGGCUCAGCUGAAGCAGCUUCUUCUGGCUCAUAAAGAUUGCCCUGUAACCGUCAUGCAGAAGAAGUCUGGCUAUCACAAUGCCUGUACAGUCUCUGAUAAAGAUGAAAGCUGUGAGGAGAUGUCAGUCCCCAGCAGCCCGCAGAACGAGGCCAUCCAGCACAGCUCCAUCAGCACCUCCAACGGAGUCAGCUCCUCCUCCUCGACGACCGCGGCCAUCUCCGCCCCUCCCAGCGCCGCUUCGGCCACAUCACAGCAGAGCACAGAGGAGAGCCAGCCGCGGAGGACAGGCACCAGGUCCCAGCCUUCAGCGAGCUGAUCGUCUCAAACUGUACCCGAGCGUCCGGCGCUGGAGUCCCAUUGGCUCUCAGAGCUUUUACUGUCACACAAAAGAAAGCUUCAGCUCUGGACCUUACAGUUUUUAAUUUAUUCUCGAUUGUUUUGUUGAUGUUUGGUAAAUUUUGUACUUGAUAGGCUAUGCUUUUAAAAAUGCAAUGUUUUCUCUUUACUAAAGAAAGGCACUUUAGGUGUGACAUGUAAAAAAAAAAAUUGUGGCUUAACUGUUUUUAUAGCUGUUUGAAUCAUUUAUUGAUCUUAUACAGCAGGGAAAAAAGCGCGUAAACAUUUCUCAGUUAUAUUUCUAAAGUAUGGAAGAAAAAAAGUCUCAUUGGAAUCUACCUUUUUUGUUAACACCGAAUUUUAAACACUGAACUUUUUCAACAACGAAUUUUAAACACUACAUUUUUUUUAACACCAAAUUUUAA